AGGCUGUAGCGGGAUUGGUUCUGUAUCUGGGCUGGUUCGCCGCUCCCCACCUACCGGGGUCGGAACUGGAGCCCUUUCCCCGCGGGGCGGGGACCUCCUAGCAGCCGACUCUUUUGCAGGUGAAGGGUAACCCAGCUGAAGAAACACAUUCUGGAAAUAGCCAUCUCAGUAUCAUGGCCAGCAGCCUUAAUGAAGAUCAAGAAGGAAGCAGAAUCACUUAUGUGAAAGGAGACCUUUUUGCAUGCCCCAAAACAGACUCUUUAGCCCACUGUAUCAGUGAGGAUUGUCGCAUGGGUGCUGGGAUAGCUGUUCUCUUCAAGAAGAAAUUUGGAGGGGUGCAAGAACUGUUAAAUCAGCAAAAGAAAUCUGGAGAAGUGGCUGUUCUGAAGAGAGAUGGGCGAUAUAUAUAUUACUUGAUUACAAAGAAAAGGGCUUCACACAAGCCAACUUAUGAAAACUUGCAAAAGAGUUUAGAGGCCAUGAAGUCUCAUUGCCUGAAGAAUGGAGUCACGGACCUCUCCAUGCCCAGGAUUGGGUGUGGUCUUGAUCGUCUACAAUGGGAAAAUGUAUCUGCCAUGAUCGAGGAGGUAUUUGAGGCAACAGACAUCAAAAUUACUGUGUAUACACUCUGAACAGAUGAACAUCUUAGAUGUGUCCAUGUUCUCCUGUAUCAUAUCUUCUGGGCCAUAUGACUAGGCAAACUGACCUGAAGAUGGGCAGAGGAAAGUUUCAUGUGAAGUAGUUGGUGUCACAGGACAGACUUGGGUUGCUCUAUUCCAGUAUUUGCACUAGGACUCUGGAAGAGGGAUUGCUUUGGAUAUGUUUUGAUAUUUUUGCAAAAAGGUAAGGAGUAAGUGGCCUGAUAUGUAUUAGUCAGGGCAACCAAAUAGUUGGGCCUAUGAUCUGUUUUGCUCCUGUAGGCUACUUGGUUUCGCAGCCACUAGGUGGCAGCAUUGAUUCUACUUCUCUGCUUUUUAAGAGAAAUUUCAGGAAGGAUGAUCAUUUUAGUUAGUUUGGAAUCUUUUGUCAUUUGUAAACUGAACUUGGUAUUAUCCUUAUGUCAUCACAUUCACCCUAGGAGAGAAUUACAGGUUAUCUUGCUUUUGUUUUAAUUACGAAUUGAAUUCUGCAUUGUUAACCAGGAAUUUGUGGUGACAGAAAUGGAAAAAUAAACCUUU